CGGAGGCGAGAGCGGGCCGGGGGCGGGGCCGGCUGCGAGAGUGCGGGGCGCGCCGUGACAGGUGCGGCGCGGUGUUUACGCGGGGCUGAGGGCGGCGGCGGCGGCGAUGAUGCUGGAGACCCUGCGUGAGCGGCUGCUGAGCGUGCAGCAGGAUUUCACCUCCGGGCUGAAGACUUUAAGUGACAGAUCAAGAGAAGCUAAAGUAAAAAACAAACCCAGGACUGUUCCAUAUUUGCCAAAGUGCUCUGCUGGACUAGAAUUACUGAGCAGGUAUGAAGAUACGUGGGCUGCACUCCACAGAAGAGCCCAGGAAUGCGCAAGUGCUGGCGAGCUGGUCGACAGCGAGGUGGUGGUGCUCUCCGCGCACUGGGAGAAGAAGCAGGCGAGCCUGAUAGAGCUACAGCAGCAGCUUCGGCAGCUUCCAGGCCUGCAGGCAGAUUUAGAAUCCCUGACGGCAAGUCUGACUCAUUUAGAGGCUAGUUUUGAGGAGGUAGAAAACCACCUGCUGAAUCUGGAGGAUUUAUGUGGACAGUGUGAAUUAGAAAGAUACAAACAUAUGCAGUCCCAACACCUGGAAAAUUACAAGAAAAAUAAGAGGAAGGAACUUGAAACCUUCAAAGCUGAACUCGACGCGGAGCACACCCAGAAGGUCCUGGACAUGGAGCAAACCCAGCAAAUGAAGCUGAGGGAGCGGCAGAAGUUCUUUGAGGAAGCCUUCCAGCAGGACAUGGAGCAGUACCUGUCCACGGGCUACCUGCAGACAGCAGAGAGGCGAGAGCCCAUGGGCAGCAUGUCAUCCAUGGAAGUGAAUGUGGACCUGCUGGAGCAAAUGGACCUGGUGGACAUCUCUGACCAGGAGGCCCUGGAUGUCUUCCUGAACUCCGGUGGCGAGGGGAACACUGUGCUGUCCCCUGUCUCAGGGCCUGAAGCGAGCCCCGGUCAGGAUGAAGUUACUCUUCAGGUUCCGGAUGCCUCCCGGGCCACCCGGCCGUCCUCAGCUGCACCCUGCACCGACCCAGCUGCCCAGGACCCCAGCGAAGUGGGGGAGUCCCCCGUGGUCCAGUCUGACGAGGAGGGAGUGGAGGUGGACACCGCCCUGGCCACCUUACACACUGACGACAGUGACUCCUAAACCCGGGUGUCCGCGCUCUGGCCACCUUCAGAGGAUGACACAGCUGUGCCCAGAGGCCCACGGGGAAGGCAGGUGGAUUUAGGGAGGCUCUCGAUUUUUACAGUUGCCAAUAAUGUGUGAGAAACUGACUGAAACAACAGCUACAAUAAAGUUUGAGGACCGCAAACACAGCCAGUUUGUACAGAAGGGCUGCUAAACACACACGUUCUGCAGGCCUCACCGUGCGGGCUAGGCCAGGAAAUUCGGUGUCCACGCCGGCUCGGCACUGAAUGGCGAAGCCCUCUACAGGCAGGAAGCUGUGCUUCCUCUCGGCUCUAACCAAGUUUGGGUUUUCAUCUGAUCAUUACAAAAAUUAUGAAGUCCAACAAGCACGGCCUACCUUAAUAGACUACACACCUGGGCCCAGAGGAAGAGAGAGAAACCGAAGCCAAGCCCACCGGCCAUCGCUCCUGGCGGGACCCCGCUCCCCCAGGGACGUGUUUUCCCCUCUCCCUGCUCGCUCACAGCCCACAGACGAGGGGCAGGCUGGCGCGAGGAGGGGCGGCUGCGGCCCUGCACCCUCGUGGCCACGCUGCCCGCUGGGGUCCAGGGGCCCCACAGAAAAUGAGAGGCAAACGGAAGCCGUUUGGUUUUUGUUCAGAGACCAUCCAGGUAACUGCCAGCAGAGGGAAAGUGAGAUUAAAGAUUAAAAUUCGGUGUUCACUCCACUCCCUGGCCAGUGGGACAGACCCCCGCAGCCCGUUUAUCGGAAAACACCUCAUUUCAUUCACUCUUUUCCACAAGACAAACAAGUGUCCAAAAAACUUUGUUUUUAUUAUUAAACCUUGUAGUACAAACCUGAAAAGUAAACAAAAAACUGGCAAUAAACAACAUGAAGUCUUCCCUCCCGGGGGAGGGGUGCAGAGCAGCGCUAAUAAAUUAAACGUCAGACCGUAAGCCGUAGGCAGAAGUUCACUGUCCAAAAAGAGGGCAAGAACACACAGCAAGGCCAUGAAAACCGGACAAGCACAUUGGAAAACACGACUCUGCUCAUGUCAUUGUUAAAUAUUCCAACACAGUUCAGUCUUCUGCCAACGACAACCGACAAAGUGUCACAGGACGCUCCUGACAAGACAGCCCCACCGGCGAGCUCAGUGCAACACGGGCAGCUGCGGGAUUGGUGAAUCCAAUUAUGAAACAAAGAACAGCUUGUGAAAACAGUUUCCCUUUUUUAUUCCACACAUACUGUACACACAACCGGAGAAGGGCAACAGCUACUCCAUUAUUAUUUUUUUUGUUGUUGUUCAGUGAUGUAAGCAGCACUUAUAAAUGUUACAAGAAAAACCCUGUAAGCAUCCAAUCCAACCGAUGAAGAAACUGAAGUGUAAGGCUUUUCUUCAUCUCGUCUUCUCACCCCCUCCCCUCCCCCACCCAGAAAAAGGCUCAAGUAUUUAAAACAAUUUACAGGCGUAUGUACAAACGGGACGGGAUUUUUUUUUUCUUUUUGUUACAACAUGAAGAGAAAAAAUAGACCAGAUGAGCGCAGAUACAUUUUCACAUUCAAAAAGAACGGCAGACCUCCUAGUGGCUCUAGAUGUGAUCGCCAACAGAACGCGUUUAAAAAGAAAGAUUAAUGCUGACCUGUGAAGGUGUAAAACAACAAGCUGUGAGAUGAAGACGGAAUGUUAGAAAGAUUGCACAUCCAUGACGAAGAAGCACUUAACGGCUUCACUUUUUUCCUUUUUUUGUUUUAAGGAUGCUAUUGAAGGGUUUUUUGAUAAAGUAGCCAACAGCACCAAAAAAUAACAGAAUGGAUUUCCUAAUGAAAUCAGGCACAGGUUUCCCUCACGCGACCCCCUCCAAGGCAGGCAGUCUUUUUCUUCUCUUUCCUUUUUUUCCUUAAACAGAUGCAUAGUGAUGUGCUGGUAAAGAGAACCUAGUCACUCCGACCUCCUCAUUUUGCCUAUGGUUAGGAAACAACGUCCACCUUCAGCUGCCAUAACCGCCCAAAGAAACAAAAUGGGGAUUCUCCGGUUUUAACAAUUACAAACUCAUCCUGCACAUGACAGAAGAAAAGACAGCCAAAGUAAAGCCAUUUCUUUCAAGUUUUGUGUGUGUGUGUGUGCGCGCGUGUGUGUCUCCUAUCCCUUUUCCUCUCUAGAAAAAAAUCUGCUCACAUUACUGAUGGUUUUAAAAUUUGUUCUCCAAACUUUACCCUCUUCAAAACUGGGUUAAAAAAGCCUUUUUUUCCCCCAACAAUUACAAAAAAAAAACAAAAAAAAAACAAAAACAAAAAACACAAACAAAAAUCAAACAAAAAGGCUUUUGUCAGCCACAAGGGGCGAUACAAAUUAAUAACAGCCCCUCAAGGGUUUUAAAACAGUGAAUAUACGGCAGUUUCAAAAAUCUGACUGCAGUAUCUAGGUAUUCUAAGUACAAAAAAAGUUCAACAGUUUAAUGCUAAAACAAAAUUAGUUCUCUAAAACCAGAAGAAAAUCUUCUUCAGAGCUAGUGCAAAGACAGCUUGUAUCCUACAGCCAGUACUCCAAACUAGAAUAUAAUAAUUACAGAAAAAUAUCUAUCCCCGGCCCACGGUGCUGGCGUCUUCACGAGGAGGAGGCAGCGGCGAGCCGGGAGGGCGGCACGUCCACCGUCGCUCUCUUGCGGGGCCCUCUUUUUGGUGUGGGUUUACCGAGACAGUUCUCAAUGCUGCCGUUUUUACCAGAUACCUUGCCACAGAUCUGAUUGACCAGGCUGAUAAUUUGUUCCUGUUUCGGGUUGAAAGGAAGACACAGGAUUAGCCAACGGAAGAGCGUCGCCAGGACCCCCCAGGGAGUCACCUUCAUCAAACCAGUCAGAGCGGCACCGAGGGGGUGGGGUGGGGAGGGCUGGGUGGCCUUGGAAAUCCGCCCCGAGGUUCCCGGGUGCGGCGGCCUGGGAGCUGGUUAGGACAACAACUUCCCGAGACCAAGGUCCCCUGGCCAGGCACCUAAACGAAACACUCCUUCUCGGGGAGAAACCUGCCUUUCCUCAUCUGGAAGCCAAGGAAACGGUACGCCAGGUCCUUUCCUGAUGGGCAGCUUCCUAACCCCACUUCCCCCUCCAGGGAGCCCAGGAGCGCCCCCUGGUGGCUGUAAAGUCCAAACGUUCACGAGCUGAAAGCCCUGAAAUACCUGCAGCCCCGAAACCAGAGUAAGUGUGGGGCCGUUUCCUUAGAGCUGCUUUCCCAUCUGGUCUGUACCUUCACCCGUGUCCGUGAGGUCCCUCGCCGCCGAGACAACACAGCAGCAGGCUUCCUGCUGCCGCCACCGGGGCACCUCCUUGGGGCUGAGAGGCCGCCCGGGGCCCCAGCAGGAAGGGGAGGGCUGGGAAGUGAGGGGAGACUCAGGCCUGAGUGCCCAGGGCCCCUCGCCUGGCUCCCUGCACGGUGACAAGUGCCUGGGGGCUGCUUGUGGCUCUCUCUGCUACUCUGGAGCCUACUUAACCUGCUCUUGCAGAUGAAUACAAACACGUGUCUAUAAACGUUUCUCAUUCCCUCCUCAGCGAAGGGGAGAGCACAAACGCAACAAGAGAACCAUCUAUCUGUUGGCGUCAAAAAUACAUGUGUAACUUUAACACAACUCGCAACCAUCCAGUUUUAAAAGAAACCACGUGGAGGAGUAUUAAAAUGGCCCAUGUUCUGACAUACACUGCAGAGCACCUGCUGGAGCCAGGGACGGACAGACCAGGAGGACACGGGGACAGGAGGCCACUCCUUCACUCAAGCCUGAGGGUCAGCCUAGUCCGGGCCCAGGCCUGCUCCCAGGCACUGCAGACAUCGCUGGGCCACUUAAAGCACUUAGGAUACACAUGCUAAUGAAGAACAAACAGAUGAGCUUCAGUAAAGCCCAGUUACCUGCAGCUAAAGCCACCUGGGCAGCAGGGGGUCCGAGGAGGCAGCCGCCCGCCCGCCUGCACCUGUGGGACCGAACAGCUGGACAGAGGGGUCUGACUGCUGGGCACCAGGGCUCAGACCAGAGCUGUGCUCUCAAAAGCCAUUUCUGAGAUCCAACCCAGAGCUGGAAAUUCCCCAAUUAAAAAAAGAAAAAAAAAAAAUACAGUUCAACUCAACAGGGAACUGACUUGUGAUUUUCAUUUACUAAAACAGGCCACUGGCAAAGUAGGAGGCUGACAAAACCUUUUCCCUAUGCGUGAGAACCAAUGAUUAAGCUUCAGACCGACAGACCCUACUACAUAUGUGAUUCUUUUCCAGGAUUUUGGUCACAUCAAGACACCUAGCUCCAAGAUGGGCUGGAGGUGGAAACUAACCCACGUUUUGUCGAGCUUCAGAAUCAUCUCGAGAAGCCCCAGCGCCGCCGGCUGUACCCUGCGAGUUGCCAGAGAUGCUCUGACUCAGACACGAGGGUUUAUUUUUAACCGUGUUCUGACAUUUGCUGUUCAAGUGAAGAAGCAGGGAGGGGAAAGUGGUUAUUGCCUUCGCUGAACAUGCUCUUUAAAAACAAAGAAGAUGCAAAGAGAUCUAUUUUCAGCUUUCCAAUCUUACAAUUUAGCCAAAGGCUUCUGAUCAAGUCUGACCACAGCCUGAGACCCCACGGGUGCCCCCAUUGCCUCCCGGGGCACCCGGCCCGGCCCUGCCCGGGGCUGCCAUGUGUGAUGGCCGGAUGAGGCCGCCUUACGUGGGACUGUCGGCCCCAGGUUUCAGGGGCAGUGGGGAUGGGAGAGCCGGCAGGUUCCACCCUCAGAGAGGGGCUCACGGCCAGACACCACAGGGAGGAGGACGCUUCUCUGGAAGAGGGCGGGCCAAGAGGGGCAACGGGGUCCCCAGAGCAGUCUCCCAAGGUGACCCCCCACAAAAAAGGGCCACGUGUCUCCGGAGCUGCAAGCUUGUACCCGGAAACGCAAUCGCAGAGCAGCCUGGAAGCACGUAAAACACACGUGACGAGACGAGCAAGGCUGCUCUGGAAGCGGAGCCCUCAGUGCUCCGGGCCGGCUGAGCAGCGCCCUCCCCGUGGGGGCACCUAACGGGCAGUGGAGACCAGCCGACACAGAAAGCGCCUCAUGUGGACCUGCCUCUGGGGACGGCUGCGGUUUUCAGACAGGGUGGAACUGGGAUUUAUUCAGAAGUUGAAGCCUUCAGGAGCAAACAGUGAAAGGCUCCGUGUCUGCCGAGGCCCCAGGGUAAGGACAAGGGCACGGGUGCUGCCCAUAGCUCAGCAACUGGCCGCAGGCUCUGAAGUUCACCAUGCGCAGACCCACAGCAGAACCGCUGGCAGCUGCGGGGGAGGGACACCGACACGGGCAGACGGGCACGGCGAUCGGCACUUUGUGUCCCAGAGGCCCCGGCCCCGCGGGGCUGGGGCCAGGAAGGCUCCUCAGGCCGAGUCCCGGGCUGCUCUGAGGACACAGAGACCAGAUGGACACAGCCGCCAAGGCCCCCGAAGCGGCCCUCGGCCUGGAGGGAAGGGGAGCCCUGGCUUGGCCCUGCCGAUUUCGGUCUCGGUCUGUUCUGGGCCCCGACUGGAGAUGAAGGCACAGUCCCCUCCAGACAGUGGGGCAGCCACGCCCUGAAACCGAACUCCUUACGAACCGAGGCACCGAGGCCAGGAGGGAAAGCAGAGCUGAGCGUGCUGCGGACAGGCUCGCUCGGGCACGACAAAGCGCGGACAAGGACAAAAGUCCCUGCAGCCUCAGCUCCUGGUCUCUCCAGGCCAGUGGAACUCGAGCCGGACCUGCCCACUCCCCCACCUUGGCGCAAGGAGCUACCUUCCCACCACGUCAGGCACCGUCCGGCCAGAAGGCACCUGGAACCAGGCCGGCUGCACGCGGUCACGACGAGCUGUGACAUGGACCACGCGGGCAGGGGACCGCUGCCACCCCGCGAGGCACUGACCUCGUCGUAGCGGUACAUGAGCUUCAGGCCGCGGCAGGACUUCUGCUUCUCCACGUGGCGCAGGGCACACUCCAGGCAGAAGACCACAUUCUCGUUCUCCUGCACGACCUGCGGGACGAGAGGCACCCGAGGCUGAGGGGACUCGGGGGUGGGGGACAGGGGGGUGUCCCGGGAGCAGAGUGUGGGAGGUCACCGCCCAGGCCAGGGGCGUCUGUGACCCAGAGACAUGGGAUACUGACGAGAACACCAACAAGUCACCGGGAUCGUCAACCAGGAAACAAGUAAGUGACCAUCUGUGAGCUGCACCCAAAGGCCUCGAGGGCCCUCCUGGCUCCUGUGCACUUUCCCGCCAGAGGGUCUGAGCGCGGCGGGCUGGUGGGCAGGGGCUGAGGGUUCUCAGGGCUCCUGAGACUUCUGGUUCAAAAACUACGCUGGUACAGAAGGUGCCAGAAUGGCCACACCCUGGACGCUUCGGCGACAACGCGUGUUGCUCCUGCUCUUGGGCGGCUCGGUUGGUCCAGCUGGUUUACACCACCUCGGGAGGCAGCACCUCUGUCCACACUCCAGCCAGCACGGUUCCUGACCCUUGCCACGCAAGCCUGAAUCUCCAGUGCCCUGAGGGUGCGCUGGCACCAGGGAUGGGCCGAAGCCCCGCAAAUGCUCAGAGCUGUGUGUGUGUGGGCGGGGGGGCAUCCCUCACCCCAACCCUGACUCCCGGUCCUGGUCUCACUCAGUGUAAACAAUGCAGAAAUGCUGCCUUGACACACCAGAUGCAAAGGAUCACAGGUCUUUUCAUGAGGAUUCAACGGGAAGACCUAGGUUUCUUAUCUUCAUUGUUGCUAAGCAAAGACAAGAAAACAAGCUGGGGACUUCCCUGGUGGCACAGUGGUUGGGAAUCUGCCUGCCGGUGCAGGGGACACGGGUUCAAGCCCUGGUCUGGGAAGAUGCCACAUGCUGCAGAGCAACUAAGCCCGUGCGCCGCAACUACUGAGCCCGUGCGCCUAGAGCCCGUGUGCCACAACUACUGAAGCCCACGCACCACAACUACUGGAGCCUGCGCACCUAGAGCCCGUGCUCCGCAGCAAGAGAGGCCUGCGCACCGCAACGAAGAGGAGUCCCCGCUCACCGCAACUAGAGAAAGCCCAAGCGCAGCAACAGAGACCCGAUGCAGCCAUAAAUAAAUAAGUAAAUAAAAGUAAAUAAAUUUAUAAAAAAAGAAACAAAAAAAAUAAGCUGUAGGAAUAAGGAAAUGACACUUAUUGGCACAAACACAUCACCCGGGGCUGAGGACAGGAACAGACGUACAUACGAAACAGUGAACAAAAACAUAUAAACCCCUUAGUCUAAGCAAUGAAAAGCGUCUAUAAAUAAAACUUCAGUUUUUACCUAUGUGUUCAGGAUGUGUGCUUCUUACCUAUGUGUUCAGGAUAUGUGCUUCUUACCUAUGUGUUCAGGAUGUGUGCUUCUUACCUAUGUGUUCAGGAUGUGUGCUUCUUACCUAUGUGUUCAGGAUGUGUGCUUCUUACCUAUGUGUUCAGGAUAUGUGCUUCUUAAAAUACCAUUCUGGCUAAGAAAGCCUGGUGACAACUCUCAAGGUACAGCUUCGGAGGGAGAGCCUAAAAGUGAGCCCACAGGAAGGGACCAGGGCCACGUGAGGUCACAACAGAGUCACCCAGGCUCAUGGGAAACACACGAUGAUUGUUUCCCACGAGAAUAACCCCAUUCUAAUGCAAGAGGAACGAACACAGAACUAUGCGGCUUUUAUGAGCGAUAUUCACAAAACAUUUUUAAGAUCUGGGGAAAUUCUUAUGACUUGUUUGUUUUAAAGACAGCUUGAUUCUUGACUGUAUCCUCUAAAAAGCCUCUGGGAAAAGAAAGCUAGAUAGAAGAAAGUAUGUAAAGUGGGAUGUGUGGUUGUUAUAGACGGAAUUAUUACCCCCCUCCCCAAAUGCAGACGUGGAAGUCCUAACCCUCAGUAACUCCAGAGGUGACUUAUUUGGAGAGAGGACCUUCAAAGACAUAAUCAGGGAAACUGAGGUCAUAAGGGUGGGUUCUAGUCCAAUAUGACUUACAUCCUUUUAACCAGAGAUUAACACACAGAAGCACACAGAGGAAAGGCCCUGUGAGUCCCUGAUGACACAACCACUGUGCCGCAGGGAAAAGCGACCGUCUAUGAUCCAGGGAGAGGCCUCAGAGGGAGCCAGCCCUGCUGACACAUCGAUCUUGGACUGCCAGCCUCUAGAACUAUGAGAAGAGGGACUUCUGUUGCUCAAGGCAGCUGGUAGGGAGAGGGCAAUGGCAUCGGCUGAGGCCACAGCAGCGGGGGGCGUUCCUGCGUUUACAGAGACCUGUGUCAGGGCAGCUGCCCACGGGAGGCAAGAGGCGGGUCUGCACUGUCCAGCUGGCCGUCCAGCAAGGCUUCUGGACGGGGUCGCCUCUGGCCUGGGAUGGGGUCGGCAUAGGGGACGCUAAGCAUGUAACACAGCCCCAGGCUGGGCUGGAUCAGCCCCUCAAGGAGGCUGCAGGAGCGACCAGGAAGGAAGGCAGACGGGCUGGACUGUCGCAGCUCAGGGGGCCGCCUUCCAGCCAGGAGCAGGCACAGGGAGGCUGGGGAUAGGAGAUGCUGCUUGAACCAGACAGAUUUCCGAGUCCACGGGGCAGCAAGAUCAGUCACAGGGCUGAAGAGAAGGUAAAAGAGACAAGGAAAGAGACCGGGGCGGGGGGCACGUCUCCGCAGGGCAGCUGCUUGAGGGAGGAUGGGCAGGGGACAGAGAAACGCAGAGCUGGGGGUCAGGGAGAUGGCGCAGCGGCCGUGAGGGAGGCGUGGGCUCACCAUGGACAGGUAGCACAGGUGCUGACAGAUCUGACACCUCCUCUCCGAGGUCUCCAGCUGCAGCCACUUCCGAGGCUUUUUCUUCCCGUCGGGCGCGGCACUGCUGCCCUCGUGGCUGCCAUAGCGGGCAGAGGAAUGGAGGCCGGCCUCGAACAGCUGCCGCCGCUGCCGCAGCUCCGUGUCCCUGUCCAGACACACGAGGCUCAGGGCGCCGAGUGGCUGGGCUGCGGGACCUCGGGGCCCAGCUUCCCCACCUGGGGCCUGCGUACGAAGUUGAAAGGCCAGACCACCCCCAAGGGCUCUCGGAUGGCCGGGCCCUGCCUGCGGUGAACCCGGGGCAAAGCGCCCAGUGCCAGCCAGGGUGCCCCCACGCCCGGGCCAAAGACGGACGUGACAAACUAUCUGCCGAUGUCGGAAUCAGAGGGUCAACACGCGCGUGAAGAUCGUGUGCUGUCCAGCAGCUCCGCUGAGCCUCUGCAGGUCACGUGGGAAGCCACGCAAACGGUCACUUCAAUUCCUGCCCUGUCUGCUCCCUCCCAGGGCCCUUCCUCGCUGGCGAGGGGCACCAAGGACCUGUGAGGCCAGGGGUUCAGGAGCUCCCUCCUGUCCAUUUCCACAAAGAGGGUGCACCUCCUGCAGCAUCGGCACCCCGAAGUCUUCGCCCACUGGCCAAGCCCCAGGCGGGCCCUGCAGCUCCGAGCCGGUGGCCGGCGGUUUCCCACAGAGGACGGGCCGCACCCCCAUCCCGCCCAGCCUGGGCCCCGGGGGUCCUGUGUUACCUGAGCUCGUCCAAAAGGGCUGAGAUGGUACUGAGAGUGGGACCGUUUUCCUUUUUCGCUUCCGCUUGUGCGAUCUGGUAGAGUAACUUCUCCAUGGAGAACGGCUUAGCUAUGUGGCGACGCUUCAUCUCCUGCAAGGGGCAGUCACGUCCCUUUAGGGCAGAAUUUUCAACGCUAGGCCAGCGGUCAAGGGCUUUCUUUACCGGGGAGGGGUCGCUAUCUGAAUUUUCAAAUGUUGAAUUCCAUCUGGAUUCAAAGCAAUUGAAAACUGUACGACAAUCGUGUCUCCCUGGAGAAAGACACCAGACACCAGGUACUCGUGGCUCCGCCAGCCGAGAACUGUGUUUGCCUUAAACACCUUCAGUACUGACCGCCCAGUACCGCAGAGGGUAACAGAGCUUGACGACUUUCAUGAUACAGUCAACCUCUAACAGCUCUCCCUCUCUAAAAAAAACUCUCAGCCAACUCAGGUUUCCAAGACUCACUUUGAAAUUAAACAUUAUCUACACACAGACACACGCACAGGAACGCGUGCCAAGGGCCGCCUGCCUACCUUGGCUGUCUCGAAGCCCAUACUCGUCCACUGGGUGGUGGCGAAGUGCACGGUCUCAGAGACGCUGUAGCCGCAACACACUUUGGACACAAAGGAUCCCGGGAAGCAGACGACAAACUGGCCGCUCUGCUGCACCGUCCUGUGCACCUUGAUCCCCUCCCUGCACAGCACCUCCGGGGAGAUCUGUGGAGACGAGGGCUGAGCCGCGCGCCCACAAAGGGCCACCCUCCUGGGUGCCUCCCUCCCACCGUCCGGAGCUCUUUCCGCGACAGCCUGCCGGCCCACCUGCCCUCCAGACGGGGCAUCGGGACUUAAGCCUGCUCCAGACACAGAUUACGUUUUGUAUGAAAGAUGUUUUGUUUCUCCUUUAGAAAAUAAAGAGACAUAACUCCUAAACAAAGGAGGAGGAAGUUCUAAACUGAUACAGGCCCAAGAGUGACGACGAUUCAGGCAAAGGCAUGGCCGCUGUGAGCGCCCCGUGUCCCCACGGGCACUGACCGGUUGGACCGGGAUCCGUGUGCACAGCACGGGGGCUGCUGCUUACCUUCUCCGAGCCAAACCUAGAGUGAGGCGGGCCCAGAGCGAAAGGAGACCCAGGCAGGGUCAGCGGAGGCCGGAAAAGCCUUGAGCUCAGGUUGUCAGAACACAAUUCUAGGCUAAAGAGGUUCCCGGCAGCUCAGCAGACUCAUGACCGUCUGAAAAUAGGGUCAGCAGCCGCUGUGCUUAUCCCUGAGUGAGCCUGACCAGAAGCCCAGGUGGCCCAGUCAUCCAGCUGCCCAGCCCAGCCCAGUCGCCAUUUACCAAAAAAAAAAAAAAAAACCACCAGGCCCGGAAAUAGAGUCAAAGGUCCCCACGAGCAUGAGUCCUGUGUCCUGGGCCAUCAAUCAGAGGAACGCACUUUAGUUUGGUUUUCAUAAGAGAAGACAUUUUGCUUAUGCUGGAUCCCUGGAGGAUUGAUUUUUCAUUGUCCUCUUUACCUCUGAGGGGCAGGUCGACAAAGAGGGUGAGUUCAUGAAACAACUGCGUUGGCCCCGCCACCUGACGCAAGCCCAGUCUCCACCACCAUCUUGGCCCCCGUACCAUGACGUUGCUCUCGAGCAUCUGCAGGCCGGGGGUGCCGUUGGCUUGCAGCAGGGUGUGCACCACGUCCUCGAGCUUGUUCUCCUCCUCAGCAGGAAUGCAAUACCUGGGUGGUUUGGAAUCAGGGCAGAAAGGGUUGACAAGGACCCUCUGCCCGGGAGCCCAUCCUCCACACUCCCCCAGAGAUGAGCAAACAGCAGCCUGGAAACUGGCCUUGGGCGCAGGAGGGGAGGUGGGCCUGCUCAUAAGCGUCCCCAGGGUCUCUCCUCCCAGGGCAGCUCUGCAGCAGACAAGCAUGCUCAUCUUUUAUAUGCAGAUCUGACCUAAGCGUGAGCCAAAAAGUCUUCAAACCAAAAGCAGAUGUUUAAAAGCCCCUGUAAAUCAGAUCCAGACACACCCACACGCUCAAAAGCCUCUCAUGAGCCUCCCAAGCUGCGAUUAUCGCUGGGCUGGCACCUGACACUUUUCUGUAGCAGACAGAGGACGCUGCAGGACCAGGAUUUGGUGUGGAAUACACAAGAGACACGCAGGACAGCCAGCACCACGAGGGCCUGCGUCAGGUGAAGGGAGCGGCCCCACAGGGGCUGGGGCUCCGACAAUACGGACCCCGCUCUGGAGCCAAGGAGCUCGGGAAGAUGGUGGGAGGAAAUGCGGCCCGAACUCAACCAGAAGAACCUGGACCCUCAGUGCGAUCCCAGGGCUCAGGAGAAUGGGAACUGCCACUGACGUCCCAGGAGGACCCAGCAGGGACGCACCUGCCACCUGCGACUCCCGAGAUCCUGGUGCCAGUGGUCAGCACGCGAGGCAGGCACCUGCAGCCUCCUCCGGGCCCCCUCCUCUGGGACCUCCCAACCCCGCCGUCCACAGGCUUCUCCUCCGGGCCCCCUCCUCUGGGACCUCCCAACCCCGCCGUCCACAGGCUUCAGUGGGACAUCUGACACCCCCGGAGCCGUGUGACAGGUCUUCAGGCUGCCCAGGCCUGGUGGGGAGGGUUCAAGUCCUGACUUCCGCUGCCGAGUGAGAGGAGGCUCUCACCACAUCCAAGGCUCUUCUAAGGGCUUGUUAUUUCAAUGCCAACAUAUUCUGUUACGGAUUUGUGAUUUAAAUCCAGGGUUUCUAACCUCAAUCACAUGUUUUAAGAAAAACCACACACCACGAAGUUCUCUGAUCCUAUCCGGCCGCCUCUCUACCCCCCAUCAGUGAGGUUCCAGGGAUUAGUUUUCACACAGCCCACAGAACCUAGGGUUUCCCUGCCUCUCACUCAACGGGCCAAGCAGAACAACGACCACCGGGGCCACGAACUUUCACCCCAUCACCAUGCGGGGCGCGGGCCACGUCACUCCACUUUCCGAUGAGGAACCAGGGUCCGGUGGGGCCCGUCACAGGCCUGCGUGGGACCCUGUGGCUCUCAACCCAGACUGGCCGGCGCUGCCCGGCAGCGUCUCCGUGGGGAACGGCGCUCAGGGCUCAGUGGCUCCUGGAGGAGAGCACGCACACCCACAGCGUCCACGCGGCCAGCCGCCCUGCGCAGGACCGUCCGGCUGUCCACCCUCAGCUCUGCCCGAGACCCCAGCCCCACCGCAGAAAAUCACCCACAGGGGCUGCCCGCCUCUACACCGACCGCCACUGGCCCUAACACAGCCGGAAGGCAGGGCGAGUCGUGAUGGCCAGACUGCUGCCGACACUGGCUCCUUGGAGGGAGAACAUUAAUUCUAAGACUUUGUUUGUCUUAAUAAACGAUGUUAAUCACCCCAUUAGGACAAUAAACACAGUUAGUGUGGGAUGGAUGCGGUGCCGGUAGCCCAUGAGACGACUAGACAUCUGAUUAUUUGCAGUGAUUUCCCAUCUGCCGGCGUAAACAAAGGAGCUGAAGAGCCAGCUCGGAUCAGGGCUGGUGAGCCUUACAGUUAAGGAUCACGCCUGGGGACCGGGCAGAAGGCUUCCUGGGAAACAGACAAGCUCGUGAAAUCUCCCACGGCAGAACUCCACUUCCAGUAAGACCUACUCUCUUCUCUGCAGUCGGUGGACUGGGCACCACUCCCGGCCAGCUUUCUGCUGUACUCUGUUUCUGACCCUGCUAUGAAACGAACUCCUGGAAAUCCACCACCACCAGGGGAAAACCUCACAGGAGAAAACCCCCGUAUUAGCAGGCAACUGAGAACAGAUGCAUCACCUGAGCAAAUUAAAAUAUUCUCCACCAGCUCGACUUCUAACACAGCUCCCCAGGCUGAUAUGACACGGAACACGGGACAAACUCGCAAAAUAAGCCCUCCAAGGCUGUCAGCCAUCAGUGAGUGCGAGGUGGCAUCAGGAGGCCUGGGGCCGGUGUACUCACCAAAUGCAGUCAGCACCAGUGUGUAAGUAGUCAAUGUAGGGAAGGUGGUUUUGGUCUCGAGACCAGCAUGAGGUAGAAAAGACCAUGCCAAUAUUUAGCCAGGGAAUUGUCACUCCUAGAACACAGGGGACAGGGCAGGAUGAAGACCAAUGUCUCAGGGGGACAGCAAGAGAAAUUGCAUCUUCUCCCCAAACCAGAAAAAGAAAUGGGAUUCAAAACCAGACAAAACCCAGCGAUUAGAAGGGACUUGCUCUUUCCCGCUUCUUACACAGAAACCAAGAUCACGUGACACAAAAUAGUCGUGGAAGAACAUCUUAACUAGUGACUUUAGGCAGGAGGCAAGAUGCCCAAGGAACACGACCACGACUGUUGUCGACUGGCCACCAGCCAGGAAGCGGGGGCCCCUUUGUUCGGGGUAACCCCUCCCCGCCAGCGUGGGGUCACCCACACUGGUCACCUCCUCCAGGGGCCCCUUCUUCCCACAACACUCAGAACAACUGGCUUCCCUCCCGGCUGUGAGGCAGUAGCCCCACAGAGUCAGAACGUUAGCUCUGAAAUUGGCCAAGGUGGAAAGCUGGCCAUUACGCAUCUGCCCAGCUUCCAGAUCUGCGACUUGGUUUACCUUUCUGCAUUUUUACUGACUUCAGCCGUGAUGCUGACCCCUCUCUCUUCUCUAACAAUCCCAGUUCUCUCCACGCGCCGUGCGCCGCAGUCCCCUCCCGUCCAGCUCUUAAAGGGGCGAGCUGGGUCCACAGCCACCCAAGGCAGGCUUACCAGGCACAGCACCAAGGUGACGCAGGAUGGAGCCUGUGUUAUUGGGGAGGACGGUGAGGUUCCAUCCGUGUCUGCAGAGGAAAGCACAGGAGCGUCACUGACGGACGUGGAGGGGCACUGUCCAGUCCCCAGGACACGGGCAGGAGCGUCCGACGUUACCUUGAAAACGGUUCUGAUUUUCCCACCGGGAAGCCGCUGCCGUGGGUGUUGGUGUCCACCUUGCCGCAGUGCACGGCCACAUGGCAGUCCUUCUCCUCCACGAGCCUCCAGUACUCUUGCUGCGGGGAGAGGGAGGGCUGUCAGCACCAUCUCGCUACCCGUGGCCGCAGGGCCCAGCUCAACUCAACGAUGCGAGACGAAGGGACCAUCUUCGCCUAGAGCAACAGCCACUAGGGAGCAGGGGGACGGGGCUGCAGACAGACGACCGCACGCCCACGGUCACGGCGGCCACGUCCAUAGUGGACGACUAGAUAAACACAAGGUACAACGUCCACGGAACACGACUCAGCCUCAGAAAGGAGGGCAACUCGGACACGCGACAACACGGAUGCACCUUGAGGACUUCACGCAAAGUGGCAUAAGCCAGUCUCAGAAGGACAAAUACCGUGAUUCCACUCCUGUGAGGUACUCAGGACAGUCAAAGUCGGAGAGAAAGAAGAGCAGCGGUGUCACGGGCUGCGCAGAGGGAGGACGGGGGCUCAGUGUUUAACAGGAACCGACUUUUAGUUUGGGAAGAUGGAAAAGUUCUGGAAAUGGAUGGUGGUGACGGUCACAAAACAACGUGAAUGGACUUCAGGGCCACUGAACUGCACUUAAAAAUGGCUAACAUGGUAAACGUUACACGUAUUUUACCACAAUUAAAAAUCAUUUAUACGAGGGGCUUCCCUGGUGGCGCAGUGGUUGAGAGUCUGCCUGCUGAUGCAGGGGACAUGGGUUCAUGCCCCGGUCUGGGAAGAUCCCACAUGCCGCGGAGCGGCUGGGCCCGUGAG